GGCGUCCGCCUGCUCCGGGGGCUCCCGCAUUGGGUUAUCCUGCGCGGUGACGAACCAGAAGAGCAUUGUUUUUGUUUCUCUUAUUUUAUUUCUUGACCCGCAUGACCCACUACAAUUUUUGCCACACAAAUUAUUUGACCGGUCAGCAGAACCAUUUGACUGGUCAACAGAUUUUAAUACGAUGCUAUACGGCGAGUCGGUGACUGUAUAAUCACCACUUCGUAUAUACAAUAAUCGUAAUGAGCGUAUUUCAAAGUUCAGUGAUCGUAUCGUGUUUUCGCUUUAAAUACGAUGACCACGAGUGCAUUUAUCUCCAUGUGAUGUGAGCUAUACUAUAGUAGUGCUCCACUACCACUUGUGUAUAAGCGCGCUCGGCGUCUGUUUCCCUUUCCACUAGCAGCAACCUUCCUCGAGGCGCAAGGUGGAGCAGUACGACAGAGAAGUAAUCAAAAUCAAAAGCAAACAUGACGAACAAGAAGCCUACUUGGUCCUCCUCGGCGUCCGCCUGCUCCGGGGGCUCCCGCAUUGGGUUAUCCUGCGCGGUGACGAACCAGAAGAGGAAGAAGAGGGCCAGGAGCGACGCCGUCGUUCUCCCGUCGAGGGGGUCGUCCGUCUACAGAGGCGUGAGCAGGCACUGCGCCUCGGGGAAGUACGAGGUGCACCUGUGGGACAGGCAUUACCGGAGCACGGUUCAGAACAGGAGAGGCAGGCAAGGUGAGAGAGACACCCAGGCCUGGCUGGAUCAAAGCCUUUCUUUCAGCUUAGUUGGCUACCUCAUUUUGCUCUGUUUUGAUCGUCACUUCGAUUUAUUCUUCGCCACUAGGAUGUUCUUUUAUGUGCUAGCUAGCUGAUGUUCUUGGUCUUUAACUAAUUUGUGCUGCAAUCUUGGUGUUCGUCUUCCUCGGGACACGUGUGGUGAACUGGUGAUACGCGUCCAUAUCUCAUCGCUUCAAUUACUAGUUUAUUUGGGAGCUUAUGACACCGAAGAGGCUGCAGCUCGCACCUAUGACCUCGCGGCGCUCAAGUACUGGGGUGCACAGUGCGGCGGCCUCCUCCUUAACUUCCCAGUAAGUUGUGUCUUGUCAUAUGUCAGUAGUCAAUACGAGUACCUGUACUACUCAGCUGGCAGCUAGUAGUAUAAUUCUGUUCAACAUGAGAGGACUGCCCUUCGAUCGUUGCUGCAGGUGGACACGUACAAGGACGAGCUGGAGAGGAUGCAACGCGUGACCAGAGAGGAGUACGUGGCCAUACUCAGGCGCGACAGCAGUGGCUUCGCCAGAGGCGCCUCCAAGUACAGGGGAGUAGCAAAGCAUCACAAGAAGGGCCGGUGGGAGGCGAGGAUAGGCUGCGGUAGCGGCAGCGGCGGCGGCAGCAAGAGAUACCUCUACUUGGGGAUAUUCAGUGUGUUCUCUAUCGCUCUGUCCUUGCAAGUUCGCUCUAUCACGUUUCUGUGGCUCAUCACAAGAAACGGCACUCUCAAUCUGCAUGCAGUUACCCAGGAAGAGGCGGCCCGGGCGUACGACCUCGCGGCGAUACAACUCCGGGGCCUCGCCGCGGUCACCAACUUCGACGUCGAUUCCUACUGCGUGGACCAGCAGCUGCAGCCGCCCCUCUGCAAGGUCGACUUAGACCCGGAACCGGCAGGGCAACUGUUGCUGCCCAAGGUCGAGCCCAAGGAGGAAGAGCCCGAGCCCGUGCCGGUGCUCCAGGACGACGUCGACUGCGCCAUCGCCGAGGUGCUGCAGGCGCUCUGCAUGGACCGCGCCGACUUCGAGGCCAGGUACCCGCCCCGCGGCGCUCCCGGACGGUGGCUGUCUGACGACGACCUGCGCGAGCUGCCGGCUGACAUGGGCUUCGAGGACGACAUCGAGAGCGUGCUCUUCGACGCGCCGCCCGCCGCCUGAGUUUGGUCUCCUCUCCUGCGCAGCCGCCAGCCCGCCAUGGCCAGCUCGCAGGAUGGUGAUGGACGUGAGCUGUUUGUGCCGGUGCAUUGCAUGCGUGUCCGUGUCUCAGCCUCUCAGGCAUGUAGGUAGGUAGUAGGUACAACCGUACAUGUACAACCAAACCAAAGAUAGUACGCGCGGUAAAUAGCUGUGGGCAAUGGGGAAGUGUGGUUAAUUUUGGGGUGGCAGCGGCGUCAUGGCCGGCCGGUAACCGCCUUGUAGAAUGUGAAAGUGGGACAACUGGUGAAGGCUCCAGCAUUUGGCAGUGAAACUUUGGAAAUGGCUAGGGGACAGUAGACUGAAUUUAAUUUAGAAUCCGAGUCACUCGAGUUGUUCCUGGCCGUUGGAUGAAAAAGCAACCGUUAGA